CAAACGCACGUAAAGCAAAAAAAGCGCUCGCAAACACGCAUUCCUGCACGAAUGCAGCUCCAGCCCUGCGGACGCCGUCUCCUACCCACAAUGCUUUGCUCACGAAAACGCGCUGCGUCUCGAGCCGUACACAGUGAUAAAUGAGGGUCUACCCUUGAGCUGGGGCAAAUUGGCACUACGCGAGCCUCGUAUGUGGGACGCAGCAGCUGCCAACACCGACGGCUCCGCACCAGCGGGAACACCGGAGCAGCCGGAACCUGCGCAAGAGUCCAAAUCUGAAGCGCCACGGCCGGAUCCGCGCGCCGCCGACCCGCGAACGCCUGAGGCACCCGCGCCCGCGGCCGACGAGGAGGACCCGCUCGCGUCCCUACCGGCGGACUUCGCGGCCUUCUCGCUCACCCAGACCCACCCGCGGUCCGGCGAAGCCAAGGCGGAGCCCUUCGAGCAGCAGCGGCAGUACAAGACGCGCAUCUGCAUCUACGGCGACAAGUGCCCCUACGGCCCGGGCCGCUGCCUCUUCGCGCACGACGAGUCCGAAUUAAGGCCGCCGCAGGCGCGCUGGUGGCUGCCCGAGUACAAGACGAAGCCCUGCCGCUACGCCGCCUCGGAGUGCCCCUUUUACGCGGACGGCCGCUGCCAGUACGCGCACACGGUCCGCGGGCCGGCGUCCCAUCGCGCGGGACUCGCUCGAUACCACCGACGCAGGUCGAAGAGCUCCAGUACUUGCGGCCGCCGCUGGCGAAGACGCAGGACAAGAAGUACAAGACGCGCAUGUGCCGCUACGGCGCGGGCACGUGCCCCUACGGCGUGAGCUGCUCCUACGCGCACAGCGCCGUAGUCUUCCGCGCGGAAAAAUCAACUCUUCGCGUCGGCGGCGCGAAAGCGGGUCGGUCCGCGCGCAGGAGGAGCUCCGGCCGCUCGAGCCCGACGAGCCGCCGGGCGAGCCGACCGACGUCGUCAGCCGGCUCGAGCGACUCCGCGCCCUACGCAACAGCGGCAGCGUCUCGGCGGCCGAGUUCGAGGUGCUCAAGCAGCAGGUCCUGCGCGAGCCGGGCUCGUUCGCGGCCCAGGCCCCGGUGCUGCUGGCGCCGACGGCGCCGCCACCGCCGCGGCGCCUGUCGCCGCCGCCGCCGGACGCCUACAUGCUGCCCGCGAUGGCGAUGCCGCCGCGCGCGGUGCCGCGACCGCCGGCGUACGAGCCGCCGUACGCCGCGGUGCCGGGGCCGCCGCGCGGGUACGGCGUUCCACAGCUUGUACCUCGAGGCUACGGCGCGCCGCCGCCACGGCGGCCGCCGGUUCCUGGGUACGCACCUCAAGGCUACGCGGCGCCGCGGCCGCCGAGAUACGCUUACGGCGCGCCGCCGCCGGAUCCCGGGACGUAUCCUCGGCCGCGGCCGCCGUACGACCCCUGCGCGCCGCCGAGGCCUCCUCGCUGA